UGCUAUCUUGUUCACGUCACUACCUUCACCAGCUCUGCUACCUUUUUUCAGAUCUAAAAGAUCUGAGCAUCCAGAGCACAGAAGAACGGAGGUUGGACAGUAGUCUGUUCCCCGGGGACCUGACCAGAUGGCUGGCCUGUUCACCAAGCAGGCUGCUGUGUACGCUGCAGCGCGGCCAGCCUACCCGAAGGAUCUUUUCACCAAGCUUGCAGCCUUCACUGCUCACCAUCGCCUUGCCUGGGAUGUCGGCACUGGAAAUGGCCAGGCAGCCAUCGGUGUCGCCGAGCACUACGACAGCGUGCUGGCCACGGAUGUGAGCGCGGAACAGCUACUACGUGCUGUACCACACCCAAAGGUCCAGUACCUCCACACCCCCGAUGCCACGCCUGGGCAGGACCUCGUCACGACGCUCGGCGGCGAGGGCAGUGUUGACCUCAUCACGGUGGCGGAGGCCGUGCACUGGUUCGACCUCCCGGCGUUCUACGGUGUCGCCCGCCGCGUCCUGCGGAGGCCCGGUGGGGUCAUCGCGGUCUGGGGCUACAACUACCGCCUCAGCCCCGUGGAGGACAUGAUGGCGCGCUUCUUCAACACCACCCUGCCUUACCGGGACCCCCCAGCUCGGUAUUGCACUGAAGGGUACCGGGACCUGCCGUUCCCCUUCGACGACAUCGGCCUCGGCAGGGAAGGCGAGCCGGCGAGCCUUGACAUGGAGCACGAGAUGUCGUUCGAGGGCCUGAUAGGCAUGCUGCGUUCGUGGUCGGCGGUGACCACGGCGAAGCAGCGGGGCGUGGACCUGUUGGGGGAGCGCGUGGUGAAGGAGCUGGAGGAGGAGUGGGCACUGGGGAGGGGCGUCGCUGGUGCGGAAGGUGACCUUCAAGGCCUUCCUGCUGGCAGGCACCCCCAGGGCCGAUGAUUGAUGAGUGAUGUGGCUCUUUCCUGGGAUUGGAUUAGGGAGUUAAAAACUGUAUUUGCGUGUCAUGAAUAACGAAGCGUCUGUUCUACUCCUGUUUGCGUUGCAGUUUGUUCUUGCAGCAACGCUAAUGUUGCCAUCUUUAUGA